AUGAGACUUCUGUGGCAGAUGUGCUCCCUGACACACUUCGUGUCUCUUGUGAGUGCUGAUUCCGAUUUUAUCGGUACAUGGUGUGAUAUAUGCCUACCCGUGACGAUUCCCGAUGCACCUGGGCUUAGCUUCGAUCUGACACCUCUAUAUGGGACGGCCGUGGUGCAUUAUUUUAAUGGAACUGUUGUAGAGGUUGCCAAGAUUCCGGGGAAUCCGGAAUAUCUCGAGCUUGUGGCACACCUAACUAUACCCAAGCCAUUACUGAAAUCAACUCUGAAUUAUAUGCUUAGUGGAAUAUCUCUUCCCAAACGUGUCGUCGCCGUGGAGAGACUGGUGGCGUUAGCUGAACCUAAAAACAGGCCGACCGAUAAAAGCAGACGGUGUCGAAAUCAUUAUGUUGCCGUUACAGAGCCGGGUUUCCAGACGUUUAGCUCGGCCACGUUUAACGCUGCGCUCCGAGUCAUAGGUUUACGCACAUGGGUACACGAUAGCAUUUAUUACCCCUCUCGCUUAGUGGAAGGGGAUGUUGUGUACGCAGCGAGCGGUUAUGGUUUACGUAUCAAAUACUUGAAUCGUUUCGAAUGCGUGGAUGAAUUUGCAAAUUCGCCAACUCCUACCGAUUUUGUGAUUUCCUACAACCACAAUCUUUUAUACAGUAGCAUCAUGGGCCUUGCUACCAGUGAAGCCUUCCCCUACAUUUCAAGUCUUAGGGUGCAACUCGUGGACUAA